UAAUUAUGACAUUUUUCUAGCAGCUCGAGCCCUGGGGUGAGGAGGCGGUCGCAGGAUUCGAACCCGCGGCUGCAGGACUCGAACCGUGGGGCCCUGGACUCGAACCCGCGGCCCCUUCGCUGCGGGGGGCGGAGCUUCUUCCAACGGCGGGCGGGGCCGGGCGGUGCCGGGCCGGCGCUUGUGUGCGGCGGGGGAGCCUCCAUGCCGAACGUGACAUCCUCGAAGUAUUCCCGGUUCCACGAAUGCCUGGCAGAGCUCUGGCCCCCAGUCCCCUAUGAGUUCAUCACUAGAGCGUUCUGCUUCGCCCCAGGCCUUUAGCCCCGAUCACAAGAGCAGCAUCAUUAGGAGGCAGAGACAGGAGCUCAAGCUUUUAAUUGCAGAACUGAAAGAUCGUGACAAGGAGCUCAAUGACAUGGUGGCAGUGCAUGAGAGACACAUUCAGGCCUGGGAAGAUGAUCGCCAAAAAAUACUGACUUUAGCAGAGCAAUGCAGCCUAUUAACUAAUGAGCUGAAUGAGAGAAAUGCAGUUAUAAAAUCACUGACCAAAAAGUUAAAGUUAUUAGAAUCCCAGCGUAAUGACAGUAAGAUAACACUUGAAAGCACACAACAGAAGUUUAAAGAGCUCACUCAAAAAGUAACAGAUUCAUCUGUUCACUGCCAGGCUCUGGAGGAGAAAAAUCAGAGUCUCCACUGCUCAGUUUUGGAGCUGUCUGCUAAAACAGGCCAGCUGCAAGCAAGGGAACAGGAGCUUCUCUCUAUGCUUCAGAUGAAGGACAAGGCCUUAAUUGAAACAACUGAUCAGAUUACUGAGGUUACAUCUAAAUUUAAAACACUGGAGAAUGCUCUGCGUACAGCAAAGUUCGAUGAAUUCAGUCGCAGCAGGGAGCACCAGGACCUCAAGGUGACACUGAACGAUGUCAUGUGUCAAGUAAAUAAGAUGAAAGAUAUCCUCUCUGAAAAGAUGAAAGAAAGCAGCAAGAACCAGGAAGAAAUCAGUCACCUGAAGCAAGAAAAUGGCUGCUUGAGGAGUGAGCUGAUACUGGCAGUGGAAGAAGCCCAGAGAAAGGAUCAGCUUUUUCAGUUUGCCAAGUCGAAGCAAGUGCGGAUUGAAAAAGAAUUGUCCAGUUUGCGACAGGUCUGUGUAAAACAGCAGCGAGACUUGCACUUCCUUCAUGUCAACUUUGAUAGCUCCCUGGACUCCAGGCAAAAACAUGAAAAUGCAUCAAGUGGAAAGAGCUCAGGGGCCACAUUCUCUGCCUCUGAAAGCCCCAGCGAGACAGACAAGGGUAGGACUGAGGGCAGCCACAGGAUGUGCGAGGAGUGUGGAACUGCACCAGUUCCAGCAAGUAGGGUAAAACCCACCCCUGAGAUGUGUGAAGUAGAUAAUAGACAGUUACUGAAUGCUUCAGACUUGGAGGAAGCUGCCUCAGCGUUGUUAAACCAGUGUCAAAAAGCUGUGAAAGGCUUGGCCCUGCCUGUGGAAGAAGGAGAAAAGCAGGAUGUUGCAUCAAGCUUUGAUGAGCUAGACAGUGAAAAAUCUCAUGAGGUAAACAACACAAGGCCAUUGAGAAAUGGGGAAAUUGGAGAGAAUGAAGUGAAAAGCAGAGACCAAAAAUCCUUUGAGGUGUCUUUGCCUUCAUAUGAUCGUUGGCUUAAAAUCAAAUCUCGUGUAGAUUUGCAAAGCACUUUAAUCCAGAACAGCUCCACGUCUGACAAAACUGAUAAUGGAAACAAAACCUGGGAAGAGAGAUCUGACACUGAGUCUGGCCAAAAAAGCAGAGAGACUCCUGUCACUUGCAAGUCUGACUCUGAUUCCAGUAUUAAUAACUUCAUUGUGAAUAAAGAUACACGGUGGAAGCCACUCUCAGAUCUGGAAUGGCUGGAGAUUUUCAAACCCAAAAAGAGAGAUGAAAAUACCCACCAUGGAGGAGAUUACAGCUGUUUGGAGACUGCACAAGAGAUGAAAUGUACCUGCUCACAAAGUGAAGAAAACGUGGAUCUGAAUUCCCUCCACUUGGCUUCUCCUCUCUUGGCAUCCACUGAGAAGAGCAACCUGGCUCAAGGUUCUGGGGAAUUCUCUGAUGAAGAUUCCCCUCUGGACAUCAAUGACCUGGCAGUGACUAAACCAACAAAGAGAUACUGCAUGAACACAGACACCAGUUCCCUGUUCUGGAAGCUGGAGCGCUCGUUGGCCCAGUCCCGACAGAUGCUGACUGAUCUGGAGCUCAGCCUUCUCCACACAAGCAUUCCCAACACCAGCAACAUGAACAAGAGGAAGAAGUUGGUUCCAACACAGAGGUAAUUCUCAGGACUGAAGAUCAUUGACCCAGCAGCUACAAUGGAAAGUUACCUCAUUUUUUUUCCCGUGGUCCUCCUGAGUGUUUGAAAGACUCACAAGUGGCAAGAAGAUGUGACUCUGCAGGAAUGUAUUUUAUCUUGAAAUAAAACACAGAAUUACGCCAAGAUUAACAAAGCUAUUUUUAUAGCUGAGAGCUCAGGUUAAACACUAGCUUGUUUUUUAAGACU